GUGACAGCACUGCAGGUAAGCCGAAAAUGAAAGUUGAGUGCGAACGUGGCACUGCCAACAGGGGUGGUGUUCAGCAUCCUCAAACUAACAGCCUUCAAAAAGUGUUGCCGAUGUUACCCGAAAGUAUGGCGAUGGCUGUCAAACAAUCAAACAUAUCAUUUCCUGUAGUCACCGCCUGUGUACCAGCAAAAUGCUCGUUCCAGAUGCCAACAAAAGAGUACUGGCAUUACAUCUGGUUUCAGCCCAUAUUGUUGCCCAAAGGCUUAACGCGGUUUUCAUUCGACGUUAUUACUACCGAUAUUGUCCAGGUCUUAUUGCACAGCAAACAAAGGUAUCCUUUAAACGGAGUCGCAUUUGCCAUCUACUACCGCUUUGUCAUUCCUAAAGUACAAAUCUUCGAGAACGGUGGGCAACGAUUUCAGGUUCAAGGACAAGCUCCUUGCAUCAGGGACCGUCCUUGCCAUUCCUUCUGGAUUGACUUCGACGCCGGAUUCUACCAGAUUGGUUUGGCUGAUUCCCCCGCACCUUUCCUUAGCAUACGUCAUCCAUUGCAUACGCCCAUCGACGAAAUAACCGUGUUUGCUAAGAAGGCGUCUGAUUGGGUGUUUAACUUGCCUUGUAAAUAUUAAAUAUCUCUGGGCCCUUCUUACAAAUAAAUAUGACUGAUCCAAUCUAGUUCGACCAUGGCAAUCAA